GCCACUGCAGGAAGAUACCAAAGUCAGAAUGUAGUGUCUUACAGGAGAGGAAACCUUCAGUAUGGUUUCUGAUACUCAGGUGUGCACACAGAGAACAUGUGUGGCUGCAGGGUGUUGUAGAAACUGAGAUGACCUGCACAGGAAGAGGAAGUUCUCAGCUCAGUGUAUUUAGUGUGAGUGCAGUCUGAUGCUCAGACAGGAGGAAGGCGACAUGGAGGUCAGAGCUCUCUGCUUCAGACUGUUGAUAAAUGUGUUGAUGCUGCUGGCCACACAUGUGCAGCAAGGUUAUCCUCAGACAUCUGAUGCAGAUUUUCACAUGGUUCCAUCCAGACUGCAGCUCUUUCAAUAUGAAUCAGUCUCUUUUACCUGUCAGGGGUUUGAUGACCCAGCAGGAUGGAGAGUGAGAAAUGUCAAUGAAUUCACUCCUAAAUGUUUGAAUGGUGCAGCGCCAUCAACAGUGACCUGCACCAUUGACUAUGCCUUUAAAUCAGACAGUGGAGGAUACUGGUGUGAAGGUGGAGGAGGACGGAGAAGCAACUCUGUCAACAUCACUGUCUCUGAAGGUCAUGUGGUCCUGGAGAGUCCUGUUCUUCCUGUGAUGGAGGGAGCAGCUGUGACUCUGCGCUGCAGAAGCAGGAACCCUUCCUCCAACCUCACAGCUGAUUUCUAUAAAGACAGCCUCCUCGUUGGGACCAGCCCGACAGGAAACAUGACUAUUCAAAAUGUUUCCAAGUCUGAUGACGGCUUCUACAAGUGUAAAAUCUCUGGAGCUGGAGAAUCAGCAGAGAGCCGACUGAUGAUCAGAGCUGUGGUUCCAAACCCCACAGUUGGGUCUGUCGUCUCUGGAGCUGGAGAAUCAGCAGAGAACCAGCACACAGUCAAAGUGAGGAUCCCAAAGACUGACGGCUCGGUGAAACAAAGUGAGAACUCAAACACACAACACACAGACAGAAAAGCACCUCGCAGAGGGGUUUUUUUCCCUCAUCCUUACUACAUCCUGCUGUGGGCCAUUAUCUCUGUUGUGCUGUUUCUGCAGCUGCUGGUGAUCGGACUGCUCUACUGGAAGAAACAACUAGUCUUACUACAGGUCAAGCUGAGUGAUCCAAACAAGGACAUGUACACUGUCGUCAAAAAAGAUAAGAAAAAGAAACGUAAAAAAGACGCUGCAGAUGCUGCUGAUAAUUUGAGCAUCUGUCUUGAGACAAACCACAGCAGAGACCCACAGACAGAAAAAGAUCAAGAUGAAUUCCCGCCUCUGUCUUUUCACUCCACCUUCACUGUUGAAGACACACAGAAUCAACAAAAUGAAUCAGGGACAUCCAGCUUCUCCGAUUCAGAGUUUCCCUCACCUCCUACAGAUCCAUCUUUAUCAGAUCAGGAGCUUCAGUACUCUUCCAUCCAGUACGACUGAGGGUCACUGAGCACAGAGAGUGAAGAAGGAGGGAAAUAAACUUCACAGUGUUGUAACAUUAACUGAGAGUUUGUUACCAUUCAGUAAAAACUGUAAUGCUUUGUAGAUAUUUACAAGAAUGUUAUCUGUCAAAUAAUUUUAAUAGGUGUUUGGUUGAAUAUUGAAUCACAUCAGCUGCACAGUAAACAUUUUGCCAUCUCUUCAACAAGUUAAACAACAGCAGUCACAGUUUGUCCACAUUGAUAUGUUUUAAAACCUCAGGUACAGCAUCUUUUAUUUGAACUGGCCUGGUUGCUGACUGGCCUGGCUGUUAUUAACAGUGAUAUGGUGCCAACGUUGUUGAAUUUAAUGAAGGAGUGUAGUGAAGAUGUAUGAUAAAGCGAGAAUAAAGCAGUAACCUAAAUAAAUAACUCUGCUGUUGGAGAAAAGGUUGUUGACUGUUAAAAGGUGUCUUAACCUGUCAGUUACAUGUUUUACAUGGUCUGUUAACUCUGUGUUUGUGUUCACAAUAAAAGUUGUCUUAUUUCA